UAUGAUGCUUUAUUCAUUCUUGAACUUUCUGUUUACUGAACGUUUCUUGCAAUACUUCAAGAUGACAUAGAUCCGUUUGGAUUGUUGCCUUACUCUGUGAUACUCGUAUGCUUCGAAAUUCGAACUGGAAUUGAAGGAAUGCACAUGAAAAUUGAUCAAAUUGUCCUCUUGGUCUUGCUUUCUGAGAGCGGUCACCGUCCAUAAUAAAAGAUUGCGAAACCUGUCAGCUUGAUAGGAUCACUUGACACACAAUUCCAGGGUUGCAGAAUAAUCUAAAAUGUUGGAGGCAAGACUUUCAAACCACCAUGGAGCGAUUUACCCCGCACUUGCCCCGCAAACGAGAGAACAAGGUAUUUACAAUUUCAAUAGAGAAGAUUGUAUCUGACAUUUCGUAAUUCAGAAAUGAAAGAGUAAUAUUACCAAGGGGAGAAAGUAGGAUUGCUUCAUCUGUGCUGGCAAAUGAGCGGACAUAGCCGUCAAAGAGCAUCAUCCAGAAAUCUGACGGAGGAAUCGUUGUAUGUCGUGUACUGAGAGGUUCACUGGAUAACACUGUUUCCCUACCGUUUCUGAGGUCAUCAUGCGAGAUUGACAGGAGCCACGGUAUUUUCCCGGAUUACCUAAGUUUUGCUGCCCGCUUCGAACCAGGUGAAGCUUUUGUGGCCGAGCUCUUCAUUAACUGUUAGCAGCAACAUAUUAUGAGUCUGGCAACGAUGUCCAUCAAAGGAGAUGAAGAUGAUGAUACUUCCAUCCAUACGACUCUGUAUUUUCUUGCGAGGGACGAACUUUAUAAAACCGAGAAACCAUACAGUCUUCGAUAUCGUCCCGAUGGAGAUUUACCACAAUCAAAUAUAAGACGAGACAAGUUCAAAGUAACUAUAAAAGAUAUACGAAAGGGCGAGGCACCCCUAUUGGAGAAGAAGGGAUUUCAGGUCAUGCAUUUGCAUUCUGCCAUGCAAUAUGAGGAUUUUGCCGACGACGAAAUGAUCAGGGAUGUGUACCUGCCAGAGAUACAGACUGCUCUACUAAAAGAACUCGAUGGUAGACAUGUUCACGUAAUAGACUUUGCCGUUCGGAGAAGGCAUUCCCAGUUCCCAAUCUCGACUGGGACAGAGAUCGAAACGCUACAACCCGCGGCACUGGCACACGUUGACUUCACAGUGCGAGAAGGAGAGCGUCUCAUAGAAGUGAUGUAUGGAGAGCGUGCAGUUGAGUUACUGAGUGGUCAUUGGCAGAUCAUUAAUAUUUGGAGGCCUCUCCGAGGACCAUUGAAUGACUGGCCACUGGCAGUUUGUGACGCACAAUCUGUUGACUAUCGCAACGACAUCAUGGCUGGGGACCUCGUCUACGAGAAUUUCGCGACCGAGAACUUGCAAAUUAUGCAUAAUGUAGACCAGAAAUGGUUUUAUCUUCCAGAUCAAACGACAACUGAAGUCUUGAUAUUCAAGAGUGCAGACAGUGAUCAUUCAGAAGCGCCCGGUCAGUCCAAUAAUAUUUACCCUGGGUGGCCGAAGUUUCCUUUGAUGUACACAAUGCUGAUUGAGAAAGCUUCUCCUCAUGCUGCCUUUCAUAACCCGAAGGUGGCACCAGAAGAGCUGCCACGUGAAAGUAUCAACUGUAGAGCAUUUGUGUUCUACAUCGAUUUACCAGACUAUCCGCCAGUGGUCGAAGAUGUCUUUCAGAGUAUUCCCACACAAUCCUAACUUUCAUGACUCCUUCAGACUUUCCGCUUUGUUUUUGUGCAGUAGUCGGGACGCCAUUCCAGUCGUCGAUCCAUCGAGAAUGACCUCUUGUCCCUUCGAAAAUCCAUGACUAGUACCUUCACGGAGAGCCAUGUCUUUCUCGCUAUUCUCAGACUUCUUCGCGGAUUGUUUUGCGAGCCAUUGAGCCUUCCAAGGCUGAAUCUUUUCUGGCGCGCUUGGAGGGUCCAUCUUAGAAGUACAAAGAUGUGUCAGCAGAGUCCAAUCAUCGGGCUAUGGGCAUGUUAAAUUACAUCUGGAUUGGUUUCGGUCGUUUGGCCUGCAGAAUGUACGCUUUGUGAUCUGUACGGGAUUGGGGCCUCAAUUUGGUGGGCUGAGCCGCUGAAGGAUGGGAUUGAAGGAAUAAGGCUGCCUUGAAGCGUGAGAUUCUGAGAGUUUAGGCAAUAUCUCGCUGGAGGGUAAAACCCUUCCCAAGUGUGCACCCUUGGUUAUCGCGUUGUCCAGCUGAUCAGCAGGCAAAUAACGACUGGCGGCGAAGAAUGUUGUGGAUGUCGUACUGUUGGCUUCUGGCCGUUCACUCCUUUUAAAACUGGUACAUCCUUUGAUCGAGACACUACCCCGCUUCUUUAGAGCUUUUGACCGAGUACGAAUAGAAAUCCUUGCAGCUGCAUCUUCACAUGCAUUCUGACGAUUUUAAUCUGCCGGAGUAGACGAGAAAUUGACUAUCCAAAGAAUUCUCACGGAAUGUGGACCGAGCCAACAUUAUAUAAGAUGAAGACAAAAGCGGGCUCUCGAGAAUCAUACUCUACCUUCUAUUGGAUGUUUGGCUCGGCUCGCUUAAGC